GGUUGUUAGAUGGAUGGUUGAGGUAGCACAGAUUCACGCAGCACUGAGCUCCAUUUUAGAGUGAGCUCAUAACAGAGAUAGAAGGUACCAAGAUUGAGAGAUAGGAAAAAGCUUCAGAGAGAAAAAAUGUUCAGCCAGUCUAGAGCUUUAGUAGGACAUGGUGAAAGAAGAAUGUGCUAGAAAAACAUCGGACUGACACUGACUAAGAAAAAGAAGAGAACAGAAACCAGGGGACAUGAUCAUGUAUCGAGGAGAAGGAGUAUCCCAUCCCCCAGUUUUCAUCCUCACAUCCUGACCAAAGGGAGACUGAGACGAGGAGCUCAAAGGACAAGAAAUCCUAAACUGGCUGCAGAGCGAAGAAAACAGAGGGGAGUUUCCUGAGCCCUAAAAGAAGAAAGAAUCAUUAAAGGAACGAAUGGUGCUGAACACACAUAAAUAGCUUUGCGGAUUCACACACAGAUAUAGAUAGGCACAUAGCCUCCACCGGCAGGCCGGGGCAACACUGAGCAUCGGCAAAGUGGCAGGAGAAGCAGGGGAGGUGACUGUCGGAGCCGAGCGGAGGUGGCUAUCUGUUUUAGAAGACGACAGAGGUAGUCAAGGAGUGGGACAAGCUGACGCGGUGUGGUGUGGAGGCUCAGUGCUCAGAGAAAGGCGACAGGGAACAGGUGCUGAGGAGGAGGAAGAGGAGGAAACCAGGGGACUGAUGGCUCGCGGCAAUGGCUCUGGGCGGUGGAACAGGCAGAAGAUGGGAUUCUUUAACACCCUUCUGCGCUGUAACCUACCCCCAGAUACCCAAAAGGUGGUUGUGUUUGUCAUCAUGAUGUUGCUUAUUAUCAUUAAUGUAGUGCUCAUGUUCCUACUCGCCUUCCAGUAGACUGCACACACACACACCUAUCCACUUUCUCUCUCUGAAACACAUGCUCAGACAGAGACACAUAGACUGUUACACCUAGAUGGGUGAGGAGGCGAGCAGAUAAACUGAGACACAAGAAGAACCACCGUAUUAUGAGAACACUGCUUGGAUCGAUGUGGGUGUCCUGUGGUGUUCACCAUGCCAGCAAAACACAGGUGCAACUGGAGGAAUGGAAGAUCAUGUAGAGUCAUCAGAACCACAACCUCGAGGUUCUCCAUUGCUAACAUCAGCAGAGAUUUGAGCACAGCUGUUGCCUGCUCAUGGUCCAUCCACAAUAGUGAGGAAUAGACCUUAUAAUGGUUCUGGGGUAGAACCGAAGCACACACUUACCGCUGAUCAGUGAUGGCAGUGUAGUGUAUGCUGAAGGUCUUUGGGACCAUGUUACCAUGGACGUCCAAGAACUUGGCUUCAAGGCUGGUGAUACCAUCGAAGUGAUUGAUGCCACAAACAAGGAGUGGUGGUGGGGCCGCAUCAUCGACAGUGAGGGCUGGUUUCCUGCUAGCUUUGUACGGCUACGUGUGAACCAGGAUGAACCUAUGGAGCAACUUUCAACCCAUCUGGAGGAAUCCCAAUGUGGAGAUGAGGAUGGAGCAGAUUUGAGUUUGUUAUUAGGCCCCGGGUUACCCUGCAAAGAACAGAUGAGAGCCAACGUCAUCAAUGAGAUCAUGAUCACAGAGCGAGACUACAUCAAGCACCUGAAAGACAUCUGUGAGGGUUACAUCAAACAGUGCCGUAAGAGGACAGACAUGUUUACUGAAGAGCAGAUUAGAACCAUCUAUGGAAACAUUGAAGAGAUAUACAGAUUUCAGAGAAAGUUCCUGAAGAGCCUGGAGAAAGAAUUCAACAAGGAGCAGCCCCAUCUUAGUGAGAUAGGCUGCUGUUUUCUUGAACAUCAAACAGAGUUCCAGAUUUAUUCAGAGUAUUGUAAUCAUCACCCCAACGCCUGCAACCAACUCUCCAAGCUGAUGAAAGUCAACAAGUAUGUGUAUUUCUUUGAGGCCUGUCGAUUGCUCCAGAAGAUGAUUGAUAUUUCUUUAGACGGCUUCCUACUCACUCCAGUGCAGAAGAUCUGCAAGUAUCCAUUACAGCUGGCUGAGCUCCUCAAAUACACCAAUCCUCAGCACAGGGACUACAAGGAUGUGGAGGCAGCCUUAAAUGCCAUGAAAAAUGUCGCCAGCAUGAUCAAUGAGAGGAAACGGCGCCUUGAGAACAUUGACAAAAUUGCACAGUGGCAGAGUUCCAUAGAAGACUGGGAGGGUGAAGAUGUUCUGGUCAGAAGCUCUGAACUUAUCUUUUCUGGGGAGAUAACUAAACUAUCCCAGCCACAAACUAAGAGCCAGCAGAGAAUGUUUUUUCUCUUCGACCAUCAGAUGGUUUAUUGCAAGAAGGAUAUUCUUCGCAGGGACAUACUGUACUACAAGGGGCGCAUGAAUAUGGAUUUAAUGGAGGUGACAGAUUUGGAAGAUGGCAAGGAAAAAGAUUUUAAUAUUACCGUAAAGAAUGCACUAAAGCUUUGCGCAAGAAGUGGUAAUGAAGUCCAUCUCCUGUGUACCAAAAAACCAGAACAGAAACAACGUUGGCUUCGAGCUUUUGCUGAUGAGAGGAAGCAGGUCCAAAAUGACUGUGAAACAGGCUUCUCUCUUACUGAAAUCCAGAAGAAACAAGCUAUGCUGAAUGCAUUCAAAAGCCACCCAGCUGGGAAAUCUAAAGCAGUGACCAGGCCAUACUGCGACUUCCUCCUUCAUCAGAAACAUCCAUCCUUACCCACUGCUCUGCCCCAGCAGCAGCUCUUCAUGAUGGCCGAGCCCAAGCGCAAAACCACCUUCUGGCAUAACAUUGGGAGACUGACGCCUUUCAAGAAAUAAAAAUCAAACCAGAAAGGAGAAGCAACGUUAUGGAGAAAGAGCUCAUGCCUCCAUAGAACCUUUUUAAUAAUUCUUUUUUUUCCUAUGUAUAACCUUUCCUGGAGGGAUUUGUGGGCUUCUAUGCCCACAAAUAGAUAAGGUGGACUAUAAUAAAGGGAAGACUAUCUUUUGAAAGCACUUUAUUGGUUGGAUAAGAAUCAGACAUGAGAAGGUCUCCUCAUUACCCUUCAGAUAAACAGUGAGAGUCAAUUCUUGCCUAAUGUACUUCUGCUCCUUAAGACAAAAACUGACUGGUAUUAAUUCUAUUGUACUGCUGCAACUUAUUGUGGGUCUCCUGGCUAAACUGCCUCUGUGAAAAUGUUGCCUGGCAACAAAACUGUUAUUUAUUUCCACUGUUUUGUGCUUUUAUUUUAUAAUUUAACAAAAAUUUCAGACUUUUCAUUGUGUGGUAAAAUUUCAUAUUCAUGCUUAGUAUGUCUGCUUUAAAAAAAGGAGGGAAAUUAGUUGGGGAAUAAAAUUCCUUGUGUUUUCUCUUUG